AUGCCGCAAGAACUUUCGCUGAAAGACCUGAAGAACCUCCAAGAAGACGACGAGAUCGACCUCUCCGCCAGCGGGUUGACGGAAGUCCCGCGGCAGCUUCAUUUGGUUUCGACUUUCAAUUUAAAAAAAUGAGUUCGCAAUAAAUUUGACAUAAACCAAAUUUUAUUGAUUUUGUUGUUACUUAUAAGCAAACGUUGAAACGGAGGACUCAUUUAAAGCUGAAGAAUGAAAUUUCUUUUUCAAAUUGUUCGGGAUUCAUGAGGUUUUUUUCGUCGAUUCUUUUCUUUAUUUUUCAUUUUUUUCCUAUUAAUUCAAACUUUUAUUGUAAUUUAUCAAGGUUUAUUUUUUUGAUUUUAAUAUGUUCACGAGAUUAUUUUUAGUUCUUGAAUUGGCUUGAAAACUGAAUUUCUUCGACAAAAAAACUCACGAAAUUUCGAGUUUUUCAGCUUUUUUUAGAAAUUAAGUUUGGGUGGAAAGGUAACUGUAAAACAUCAGGAGUUCAACUAGAAAUUUUUCUCAAUCCUUUUUAUUCUUUUUUUAUACGAUUUUUUUGAGUGCCUUGAACUUCACAAAUAAAUAGAAAAGGAGUUUUUCAACAAGGGAGGUCAUUUUUCUUUUUCUGAAAAUUGGCUAGAACACUCCUUGGUGUACCAAAAGAAAAUUCUGAAAGCCUCAAACUGCAAAAAUUUCUGUAAGUUGUAAGUUCCGCUGUAAGUUCCAAGAAAACGCUCAAAAUCCAUUAAAAAGAGCUAUUUUAGGGCGUUAGACCCUUAUUUUUUGACAACUAGGAAGAUGUGCAGGUUGAGACUUUCAGAAUCUUCUUCUGGUACAUCAAGGAUUGUUCCAAGUUUUAGGAAAUUCCUCACCGGAAAGCAAAAUGAUCUUCCUUCUACUCAGGGAACGUCCCCCCCCCCCCGGUUGAAAUUUUGCUGAAACUUCGGUGGAGUGUACUUUAAGUCCUUCUGAUUGCAGAACAAGAAAAAAAUUCCUCGCAAUAGAUCUCGUUUCAGAAUUAUGAAGCUUCAAAGUGUGCAAAAUAUGACAAAAAUGCGCUAUUUUGAGCUUUUGAAGUGUCCCAACUCGAAAACGAGAUCUAAUGCAAGAAAUUUUCUUCUUGUUCUGGAAUCAGGGGGUCCUAAAGUACAUUUCAGCGAAGUUUCAUCGAAAAUUUCAACCGGGGGCUUUAAAAAAACGUUCCCUAGUAAGCGCUACAACUUGACUUUAUGACGAAAAAUCAUGACUAAAUCCCAUUUUCAUGGAGUUGCAUUGUUCUUAGGAACGUCUUGGUUAGAUUUUAGAGGAUUCUCGAAAAAAAUCUACGUUUUCAAAGUCUUUGUGAACUCGAAAGACGGUUAUUUUUCAGCUUCCAAGGUUGACAAAUGUCGAUCUUGGGUCGAACAAGCUGGUCAGCCUUCCCAACGAGAUUUGCUCGAUGAAGCGGCUUGUCAAGUUGGAAAAAAAUUAUUUCUUCAAUGAAAAACUUCUCAAUUCAGAUUGGAACUCGGGAACAACCGGAUCCACAAUUUGCCGAAUGAUAUCGGCAAUUUGGCCAGUUUGCAACAUCUCAGUCUGUACAAUAAUCAGAUUGAGGUAUUUAUUGAAUUAAUUGUUCAGAAUUAGUAAAAAAAAAAUAGCUUGAAAUUUUGUUUUUUCAUUGAAAUUUGAGAUGAAAAACGGAACGUAACAAAUUUUGGGAUUUUCGAAGGCAAUUUUCACAACAUAGGCAAAGUCGGAAGGACCUCCGAGGGUCCAUAAAGGUCCAUAGAAAUGUUCCUUUAAGGGUGAUGAAUGCUCCCUUUUUGCUGCCUUUUUGCGCCUUUUUCUCAGCCUUUAUGCACCAUUUUUGCUGCCUCUCCCUUUUUCCACCAUUUCUCGAGCCUUUAAAAUCUCAGAAAAAGUGGAAGGUUCUAUAAAGGGACCCUUUUUGCUACCUUUCUGCGGCCUUUUUUUGAGCCUCUCCCUUUUAAGUGGUCUCUAAAUAGAGAACCUCUCAAGUGGCCACUUUAGAGGUAAGUUUAAUGGCCACUUUAGUGUCCUUGGCGAGCUUUUAUAGUGACCAUUGAAAGUUUUCCCAGUUAUCCACCCUUUUUGGACCCUUUUGAGAAACUAAAUAUUUUUAAAUUGAGAAUAAUCUUUACCAGUGACUGUGUAUGAACCAAAAUGUGCUACAGGGAUAAAAUCGGAACGGCCGAGACUUUCAGGACCCUUUUUGCACCCUCAAUUUUUUCAGCAUUUUUUGAGGCCCACCAAGAAAAAAAAAGGCUUUCUAAAGGCUGCAAAACGGGACUCUUUUAGCGGCCAUUUUGCAGUCAUUUUCCGACUUUGGCAGUGGUAGUCUCUCAAAAAACAGUCAAAAAACGGGUCUCACUUUAUUUUCUACCGAAAAAAGAACAGCUUUUUCAGUUAUGAUAUUUUUUUAUCUACCUUUUAUCUUCUUAAUAAAUAUUUUUUUAAACAAACGAAAUUCAUGAAAAAAACGACUUUUUUUCAAUUUUUCUGAAUUUGUUGGAUCCCUACAACCGUUCUGUUAGUUCUUCGAAUUUUCAAAAUUUUUCGAAAAGUUUCUCAUUUUUCAGAAUAAUCUUGCUUCUUUGAGUUCACAACGUGAAAAUUUUGAACUUCAAGAUUUUUUAUUUCCAGGAACUCCCUCUUUCCUUCGCCAAUCUCAAGGCGUUGAAAUUCCUUGACCUCAAGAACAAUCCUUUAGAGGCGAAAUUGGCCAAGGUUUUUGAAAUAAUCCUGAAGACAAAAAAUACUUAAAAAACAGGUUGCCGGAAACUGUGGAAACGAGAAAGAAUGCCGUUUGGCCGCACCAAAAGUCUUGGCUUUCGUGGCCGAAAAUAAGCGACUUUUCGAAUUCCAGGUUCUUUUUCUUCUCAUAUUUUUCAUACUUUGAAACUUCAGAAGGAAAAAGCGGACAAGAUCCUGAAAAAAAUCCAUGACAAAAACGAGGCCGACCUGAAGAAAAUCAACAAAGAAAAGGCGAAAAAGGAGAAGGCCCAGAAGUCUCUAGAAGGUAAGGAGGAAUUUUUUUAA